ACCCAACACUACAUAUGCAAAUAAGGUAGGAGUCGCGUCGACCAAUCAACAGCGAGUAGAUGCAUGUCACGUGCACCCGGUGAGUCGGUAAUUGUUAGAGAAAAAGCUUUCUUAUAAACUGUGUGUGGCAAAGUUACAGCGAAAGUUUCUCGGCUAUUUCGUUAUUGUGUACCUCUUCCGAUUCUAACAUCACCAAACUUUCUAUACAUAUGUAAACCUCAAGAACAACUGGAUUAGCAAUUUUUAACCAACAAGUUUGUGGAUUAUUUUUUCCGUUUACACUUAAAUCCUUAUACAACAACUCUGCUGGAUGAACAACAGCUAAAACCAUAUAUAUAACACACAAAAAACGAAAGAUAAGAUUGCAUUAAAAUUGCUUUGAUUUCAAUGUAUUAACCUUGCUAAAGACUCAUGAGUGCAAACAAAAGUUGAUAGUUUAGUGUUGGACAUUACGCUAUAGGCUGCAAUCAUGGGGGAUGAGGUUGACGGCCACCCACCUGAAUAUGGGAUAACACUUGAGGAGUUACGGGAUUUAAUGCAAAUAAAAGGUGCUGAUGCUGUAGAAACAAUUAGCAAAAAAUACGGUGGUGUAUUGGAAAUUUGUAAAAAAUUGUAUACUUCAACAAGUGAAGGUCUAUCAGGAAAUCCUGUUGAUCUCAAUCAUCGCCGUGAAGUAUUUGGUUCCAAUAUAAUACCUCCAAAGCCACCAAAAUCUUUUUUACAACUAGUUUGGGAUGCAUUACAAGAUGUCACACUUAUUAUUUUGUUAGUAGCUGCAAUUAUAUCAUUAGCAUUGUCAUUUUAUAAAGUACCUAAAGACCCAGAUGCUGAGGAAGAUGUACAUGAAUCUUCUGAUGAAGCUGGAUGGAUAGAAGGUUUAGCAAUCUUAGUAGCUGUCAUUGUAGUUGUAUUAGUCACUGCCUUUAAUGAUUGGCGAAAAGAAAAACAAUUCAGGGGAUUACAAAGUAAAAUUGAACAUGAACACAAGUUUAGUACAAUACGUGCUGCCGAAGUGAUUGAGAUUCCUGUUGGUGAACUUGUUGUGGGAGAUAUCUGCCUUGUUAAAUAUGGUGAUUUGCUUCCCUCUGAUGGUGUCCUUAUACAGUGCAAUGAUUUAAAAAUAGAUGAAAGCUCGCUGACUGGUGAAUCAGACCAUGUGAAAAAGAGUGUAGAGUGUGAUCCUAUUCUCUUAUCUGGAACUCAUGUAAUGGAAGGAAGUGGUAAAAUGCUAAUUACGGCUGUGGGCAUUAACUCUCAAACUGGCAUCAUUUUUGCUCUGCUUGGUGCAUCUAAUCAAGAUGACAAAGAAACAAAGAAAAAGAAGAAAGGUGAAGAAGGAGGAGCACAGUGUAAUCCACCUGGACAAAAUGUACCAUUGCUUGCUAAUGAGCCAGAGGGGAAUAUUGAUAAUAAUAAAGUGAAUACUGCGGACUCAGGAAAGAAAGCUUCCCAUGUCUCUAAGGCAUGGCUUAAUAAAUCAAGCUUUUCAGAUUCAGAUCCUAGUAACAUUGCUACAGGCAAUUCCAACAAUGUCUUAAACACCAAUGAACAUAAGGCAGGAAGCCAUAAGAAAACUCUUGAAAACCAGAAAGAGGAGAAGAUAGAAUGUGUCGAAAAGAAGGAAGAAGAAAAAGCUAAAAAAGUCACGCGGAAAGAAAAAUCUGUGUUACAAUCAAAACUCACUAGAUUAGCAAUCCAAAUUGGAUAUGCAGGCACAGCAAUUGCUGUUUUGACUGUUGUUAUUCUCGUCAUGAAAUUCUGUAUCCACGAGUUUGCAGUAAAGAAAGAAGUUUGGAGUAGUGACAAGACUACAAUAUAUCUAGAGCUCUUUGUUAAAUACUUUAUCAUAGGUGUUACAGUUCUAGUUGUUGCAGUUCCAGAGGGUUUACCUCUGGCAGUCACUUUAGCUCUGGCUUACUCCGUUCGGAAAAUGAUGUUUGACAAUAAUUUAGUCCGUCAUUUAGACGCAUGUGAAACAAUGGGAAACGCUACUGCUAUAUGCUCUGACAAAACUGGAACAUUGACCACGAAUAGAAUGACAGUUGUACAGAGUUACAUUGGAUGCAUACACUAUAAACAAACGCCAAACUUUAAUGAUAUAAAUCCAGCAAUAAGCAAUCUUUUGAUACAUACCAUUGCAAUCAACAGUGGAUAUACAUCUAAAGUUAUACUAAGUAAAGAUAGUUCCACGUUACCAACACAACUUGGUAAUAAGACUGAAUGUGCACUUCUAGGCUUUGUUUUGGAUUUGGGACAAGAUUAUGAUGCCUUGAGAGAAGAAACUCCCGUUGAUAAAAUCUAUAAAAUUUAUACUUUCAACUCUGUUCGAAAAUCUAUGAGUACAGUUCUAAAGCUUGAAGACGGAUUUCGGUUAUAUACAAAAGGAGCAUCUGAAAUUGUCUUAAAAAAGUGUGACUUUAUUCUUGGACACGAUGGAAUUCCCAAACCUUUUUCUCUUCAAGACCAGGAAGAUAUGGUGGCAAACGUUAUUGAGCCAAUGGCUAAUUAUGGUUUGAGAACUUUGUGCUUGGCAUUUAAACAUUUUGUUCAUGGACCUGCCAAGGAAAAUGAAACUCAUUAUGAUGAAGAACCUAACUGGGAAAAAGAAGAUGAAAUUAUUCGAGGACUGACUUGUAUUGCUGUUGUUGGUAUUGAAGAUCCCGUACGAAGUGAAGUUCCUGGUGCCAUAAAGAAAUGUCAAGAGGCUGGUAUCACCGUAAGAAUGGUAACCGGAGACAACGUUAACACAGCACGGUCAAUUGCCGCAAAAUGUGGUAUUCUUCGCCCUGGUGAAGAAUUCCUGGUGAUUGAAGGCAGAGAAUUUAACCAUAGAAUCAGGGAUCCAGCCACUGGCGAGGUUAAGCAGGAACUGUUUGAUCAAGUAUGGCCUCAAUUGAGAGUCUUGGCAAGAUCUUCCCCACAAGAUAAAUAUACUUUGGUAAAAGGCAUCAUUGACAGUCGAGUUAAUGCCAAUAGAGAGGUAGUUGCUGUCACAGGAGAUGGUACAAAUGAUGGACCAGCUUUGAAAAAAGCUGAUGUUGGUUUUGCUAUGGGCAUUUCUGGAACUGAUGUUGCUAAAGAAGCCUCAGACAUCAUCUUAACUGAUGAUAAUUUCACCAGUAUUGUAAAAGCUGUGAUGUGGGGUCGUAACGUAUAUGACAGUAUUGCCAAGUUCUUACAAUUUCAACUGACUGUCAACGUAGUUGCUGUAUUAGUUGCUUUCUUUGGAGCCUGCACUAUAAAUGACAGUCCCCUGAAAGCCAUACAAAUGCUUUGGGUCAACUUAAUUAUGGACACUUUAGCAUCCCUUGCUCUUGCAACAGAGCUCCCAACUGAAGAGCUGCUGAAAAGAAAACCAUAUGGAAGAACAAAAGCUCUUAUUUCUAGAACAAUGAUGAAAAAUAUUAUAGGUCAUGCUAUUUAUCAAUUAACUGUUAUUUUUGUACUGCUGUUUGGAGGUGCUGAAAUUCUGGAUAUUGACAGUGGCAGAAUAGAAGAGGCAGAGAAACACGCACCUCCUUCUCAGCAUUUCACCAUCAUUUUUAACACAUUUGUCAUGAUGACAUUAUUUAAUGAAGUAAAUUCUCGUAAAAUUCAUGGGCAGCGCAACAUUUUAUCAGGCCUUAGACGAAAUCCUGUGUUUGUUGGAAUUUGGGUAGGAACAUUAAUAUCACAGAUUAUUAUUAUUGAAUUGGGUGGGUUUGCAUUCAGUACUAAGGGACUGAGUUUAGAGCAGUGGUUGUGGUGUCUUUUCUUGGGAAUUGGUGCUCUUUUAUGGGGACAGAUUAUCACCACUAUUCCUACACACAAACUUCCUCAUCUUUGUACAUGGGGAACAUCAUCUGAUGCACAAUUGGAUAUGGAUGCCAUAGAUGGAGCGAAAUUAGAUGCAUCGCCGGAGUCAGAUGACCAUGUUGGUCGGCGAGGUCAAAUACUUUGGGUACGUGGCCUCACAAGACUCCAACAACAGAUUCGUGUUGUUAAUGCUUUCCGCAUGGCAUUAGAUGCGCGUUACGAUGGACAUAGCCUGUCCUCGAACUAUAGUUCCCAAUCACUUGAAAACCUUAGGAUGAGGUACAAAUUUCCAGCCAGCCCACGCAUCGACGCGUCUGCUAGCACCAACCAGACCGUAGACACAUCAGUUUGAGCAUGUACUGCACUAUUUUGGACUAUGCCCUGCAUCAUAUUAUGUGGUAGUAUACAAAUGGGCACUGCAAGAGCUGCUGUUGGAAAUAAUGUGUGACUUACUUACUGUCACAAAUCCCUUUUUCAUUUUGUAUCAUUUGCUAUUCAUCUUAUAUUGUUUUGAUAUCCUUAUUCAUUUAGAACUUGGGUUCUGAGCUUGCUUUAUAUUGCUGAAACUGUGCAGUGUAGAAGUACCUUUCCCCUAACAUUACUGAUCUGGUGCCAGUUCCUGCUGUGAAAACUAAUCUUACUAUAGAUAUGAAAAAAAAAAUUUACUGAGUGCAGUAUAUCUUUGAAACCUACAUCCCCACAAAGAUAAUUUAGUUGAUAUUGAUAUCAAGCCAAUAUGCAUAUCUAGUAGGAUAAAAAAAAAACAUUAUUUACAUAUAUACCCCAAAAUUUUCAGAUUUCUUCCAAUCAGUUGGGCUGAGGCACGUACAUUUUCAAUAUUAGUUUACUCCUUUUUAUAAUCAAAACCCUUCCCUUUAAGUUUUAAAAUGUUUUAAAUUAUGAAUUUUAAGAUUUAAAAAAAAAAUAAACAAAAACCUUGUUCUUAUUUGACUGUCAUACUUGAAGCUAGAAGCAUGUGUGCAGAUGUGUUUACAAUUGCUGCCAUACUUUUCAUUAUGUUCGAUACAGUAUAAAGAUUUUCAGUAAUUUUUACAUCAUCUUUAUACCGUCUACUUUCAUUUUAUGUAUGUGCAGGAACUGUGUGUAUGUGUGUGCAAUUGCUCAUACAAAACACCGACUGCUUUGUUCAUUUUAUAUUUUUCUUUAACCGAAGGCUAAUUGUCUCAAAUGUGUGGUUGAAAUUAAAAAUUAACCUUUAAAACGUUGAAAAAUGGAGAAAAGUUUUUACACAAAUUUUUUCCUCUCUGAGUGGAAAAUUUACGAAAAAAUAAAAUUAUGGAAAAUAACAAAAAAAAAAUUUUUUUAACUUCGAGUUUUAUGUACAAAAUGAUCUUUAAAAUGAAAUAAAUGGAACUAGAAAUGAUUAAUUGAUUUUAGAAGAAACAUUUUUGUAAUUAUUCAAAUGUAAAUUUUGAAAAUCUCUAUUUAAAAAACGCAAAAAAAAAAGGUACAGAAACAAAACCAUUUUGUAGUGGGAUAUGUUAUGGACACCAUCAUUGGGUGUUUCAAUUAUUGGAAUGGAUUAAUCUUACACAACUAGUGGGCGUCUUGAAGUAUGACUGCAGGUAUUGGCUGUGCUGUUAGAUACUGAGCAGGUUUCCUGUGUUUCUAGUGUGAUGAUAAAUAUUUACUAACACCAAACACACAGUUUGAUUCACAUUUUACAAAAUUUCCUUUCAGAAAAUUAAUAAAUGCAAAAAAAAAAACUUAAAAUGAAUUGUAUUAAUUCCUUUAAAAUAAAAUAAUAGUUUCAUUAUCUUAAAUCAACAGAUAAUUAUAAAGUAAAUAACUUUUUAAAAUAUUAUUAAAAACGACUUUAAAAUAGCUUACUCUGCAAGAACUUUUAAUCUUGCAGUUAUUAGUUUCCAUGUACUGGCAGUUUUUAGAGCAUAUCAAUAUUAACUGACUGCUAUGAUUUUAUUGUCACGGGGAAAAAAUUCAAAUCUUUGGUAUGCUCUCAUUCUUAUCUCAGAUCAGUUCUUUUUUUUUUAAUUUUAUUAUUAUUAACAGUAGGAUGCCAGCUAGCUCUCUGGAUGUAUGUUUACUUGAGCUUACAUGUUCUAGCUGCACUUUAUCCUAUCUCUCUAUCACCAUACACAAAGUCAUUGACUUAAAAACUUCUGUAUCAACAAUGAGGCAAAUAAUGGCAGAAAAAGGUGAGAUGACUAGGUCAUCUGCAGUUCUUAAAGAUUGAUUGGUAAUUUAACUGUAGGUUUUGUACCAACAACUGUUUUGUUCUCAGCAUUGUUUAUCGUUUUUAUGAAUAAAAACGUUUGACCUGUA